UGCCAUCGACACGCAGAGCAUGGAGGAGCUGUUUGCCCGCCAAGAGCUUGUCCCCACUGCUCGCAGAAGCUUCCGGGCCCGAUCGCCACAGAGCAGCAGCGACAUGGAGGUCUCCAUUCUGGACGCUAAGAAAUCCAUGAACAUUGGGAUCUUCCUCAAACAGUUCAAGAGGCCUGUGGAGAGUAUUGUCGCUGACAUUCAGCGAGGUAUGGGAGGCUCGUACGGGGCAGAGAAGCUGGUGGAGCUCAGCAAACUGCUGCCUGACAAAGAAGAGGUGAAGAAGCUACAAGAGUUCAGUGGAGACCGGGGGCGAGUGUGUGAGGCCGAACGUUUCCUGUUGCUCUUGACUGAGCUGCCCAAUUAUGAGCAGCGCCUGGAGUGUCUGAUACUGAAGAUGGAGUUUUCACCACAGAUGGAGGCACUGAGAGCUGGAGUGAGGACCCUCACUGAGGCAGCUAGCGAACUGCUCAACUGUGAGGAGCUGCACACUGUAAUCCGAUUGGUCCUGAAGGCAGGGAAUUACAUGAAUGCAGGUGGAUACGCUGGCAAUGCCUUUGGCUUCAGGAUGGCGUCGCUGGUGAAGUUGGCCGACACACGAGCCAAUAAACCGGGCAUCAAUCUUAUGCACUUUGUGGUGAUGGAAGCUGAAAAGAACGACAAAAAAUUGCUGGAUUUCCCCAGUAAACUGCAGAAUGUUGCAGCAGCUUCCAGACUUUUUAAACAGGACAUUGAGAAUGACACUGAGAGACUGAAGCACAAACUGCAAAUGGUGAAAGGAAAUCUCAGCAAAGUGCCUGAGAUCAGAGAGCAAAUGGAGGAAUUCGUCGAGGAGGCAGAGGGGCAACUGGAGCAGCUGCAGGAAGCUCUGGGCCGCCUGGAGACGGUGAGCAAGCACCUAGCCGAGUUCCUGUGCGAGGAUCAGCUCCAUCUUGAGGAGAGUUGCAGUAUCUUCCAGAACUUCAGCGAGAAGUUCCUCGCGGCCAGGGAGGAGAACCGACAACGACAGUCAAAGGAGAUGCGACGUCACCAGCGUGAGGAAGAAGCCGCUAAGCGCCUCUCCAUCGCCAGCUGCUCCCACCGGGAGCGGGGGCUAACUAACCCUGACGCUGACCUUGAGUCGCUGCUGCUCGGCAACCGUCGCUCCUUCCGCCAGCGGCCAGUGUCUGAGCGGCUACCCCGCAGCCAGUCACUGCGUCUGGUGAGCAACCCAGCCCAGGCCCCAAACACUGCUUUGCCCCCGUCGCUAGUUCUUCGAGCUCAGGCCCCAGUCGCGGCCAAAACCCAGGCCUCAACCCAGGCCCCAGUCAUCUCUCCCUCACCGGCCCCAAACCCAUCAGUAGUCCCUCCAUCCCCAUCCACAUCCCCAACCCUAUCCCCAGAGGAGGUGUUGCGACUCCGCCAAGUGUCAGAGCGUCUCCUGGGUCCACGGAUAACCCGUAGGUUGGGGUCGGGACCCAGACCACAGAGGUCGAGUGCGGUGACUUGCUCGCCACCCAGUACUGCAGCUCCAGACCCGGACUCAACCCCUGUCCCCUCCUCGGGUCAUCCCCACGACCAUUUGCCCCUGGCUGGAGCCCAAACCCAGGCUGUUGCCCCAUUGCCUCCCACACUUCCAGCCGCUGCAGCUAGUGUGGCCUCACGGAGCAGCUCUCCGCCCCUGGCCCGGCCAUCUCGCCCCUCCACGGGCCGGAGUCUCUCUGUCGAUAUCCUCGAGCCCACCCGGACCAGAGUGCACCUCUCCCGUGGCUUCUCUGUGGACCGGCCCACUCUGCCCACUGCCCUCAGGCGACCCUCGUCCACCUCCAUCUCUUCCAUUCUGAGGAGACACUCCUCCUCCUCCACACCCUCUCGCAGGCGACCCUCCACCCUCUUCCAGCGGCAGCCCUCCACUUCCUCCCCCACCCGCAGGAGACGUUCCUCUGCAUCCCGCUCCCUCAGAGGUGUGAAGCCUCCUGCAGCCGACAGGCCCGAGCAUGCAGCAGAGACAAAGGCCACGGGAUCUGGCUUCUGGUCAAUUUCCAACCUCUUUGGCAAGAAGCCCCCCAAGGCAGUGGAUGGGGCAGGAGGAGCAGCGGCAGAGUCGGAGGCAAAGGAGCCGGCUGUGGCCCCCAGCAGGGGGGCAGGAUUCAUCAGUAGUCUAUUUAAAGGUUUCAGUGGCCACAAGGGCCCCAAGCACUAACCAGGGACCUUCGGAUCCCACAGGAGAGCCACCUGCACCACUGGAGGAACUGGGCAUCACUACCAGUUACACAUGCCCUCGAAUCACCUCAAAGUAACUUUAUUAUCAAAGUACAUAUACUGUAUAUCAUCAUAGGCAAUCUUGAGAUUCAUCCUUGUGGGUUUUCACAGUAAAUACAAGAAAUGCAACAGAAUUAAUGAAAUGCAGCACAAACAAACAACAUGCAAAGGACAACAAGCUGUACAGAUACAAACCUAAGCCAAUAAUAAUAAUGAUAAAUAACUAAGCAGGAAAUAUCGGGAACAUGAAGAGUUUUUGAAAGUGAGUCCAUUGGUUGUUGGAACAUUUCAGUGAUGGGCAAGUGAGGAUGAGACAUUAUCCCCUCUGCUUCAAGAACUGUUCCUGAGGGGUAAUAACUGUUCCUGAACCUGGUGGUGGGGUCCUGAGGCUCCUGUACCUCCUUCCUGGUGGCAGCAGCAAGAAGAGAACAUGUCCUGGAUGAACAUCUUACUGUGUUCAUUACUUUUAAAAUAGUCAGCUGUUAAAUGUUUUUAAAAUUCUGUGAUUAUUGAAUUUUUUUACCAUAAAUUAUUGCUGCAAACAUCGAAACAAGAGACUCUGCCGAUGACACGUGGCCAGACUGCAGAAGUCUACAGAAUGUACAGACUGUGCAGGCAACUUAGACAAUCUAUCUCCCCCUGACAGAGUCUCUCUAGGGGUGGGUCUCUCUGGGAUCAGAACAGGGAUUCUCCAUCUUCCCAAGAGUGGGCACUUGUUGACAGAACAACACACACUAAAUGCUGGAGGAACUCAGCAGGUCAGGCAGCAUUAACGGAAAUGAAUAAACAGUCAAUGUUAGUGUCAAAAGGGAAUACAAAUUCAAUCUGAUUAAUUCCCACCCAAUCAGUUGGUCUACUCUCAGUCACCAGCAGAGCGAUGGAAGUUGUCAUCAGCGGAGUGGCCAGAGUGGGGUUUCGGUUUCACCAUAACCACGCAGCUCCAGAAGCUGUUCGAGCCUUGGUCCAAAGUUGCCCAACGGACUGAGACAACAGUGUCUGCUCUUUGUAUCAAGGCUGCAUUGAAUCGUGUGCUGCCAAUCUGGUUGGAUCGUAUCUUAAAGACAGCAAGGAAGUGACUUUUAAAGGUUGAUCACCCCAGCCAUGUCCCAUGACUUUCUGAGGGCAUUGUUCCAAACCCCAGCAUCUUUAUCUGCUUCCAACAACCUCCAUCAAAAAUGGCUGGAUGAGUGCACGGUAUUCUGUUUGAGUCAGAGCUCUUCAGCACACAUUGCAGUCCAACCUGGCAACAAAGGUUCAUGAGCCAAUGGAGAAUCGGGUCACUAAAGUACCCAAAAAAAUACCAAAACCAGAAAGAGCUCCUCAUGACAUUCAACAACAUCGCUAUUCACUGUUGCAUUGAUUGGAAACUCCACUCAGCCAAGUCCAUGAGGACUUUGGGCACAAAUUGGUCAAUCGGUCAGCUCUCGAUCAAACAUCAACUUUAUUCACCAUAUACAGUACAUUGACAUGUAUUAGGAAUGCUGUGGUGUAUUGGUCAAGGUAUGAC